AUGGCAGGCAAGCUUAGGAGCCACUGUCCCAGCGCUUUGCAGCACGCAACGAAAGGAAUCCACAGAGGGGACAAACCGACAACGUGCCAGGAACGGGAUCGUGUAAAUGACGCGCGCUCGGUCCUUCCCACAGGGCGCAGCACGUUCUCCCGAGCCACACUCCCGGAAGUACUUGGGGCUCGCGUCCGGGGCCGUGGGCUGCGCACGCCGGUUCGUGGCGGCACGUGCCUCUGCACGUGGCCACGCGCCUGGCCCCCCGGCGCCCUGGAGCCGCCGGUGUCGGUCACGGAGGCCGUGUCGUCCCUGACCAUCGCCGACGCGUUCGUGGCGGCCGGCGAGAACUCAGCGCCGCCCCCUAGGAGGUUCAUCUGCUCCUUCCCCGAGUGCAGUGCCAAUUACAACAAGGCCUGGAAGCUAGACGCGCACCUGUGCAAGCACACGGGGGAGAGACCAUUUGUUUGUGACCAUGAGGGCUGUGGCAAGGCCUUCAUCAGGGACUACCAUCUGAGUCGUCACGCACUGAUUCAUACUGGAGAAAAGCCGUUUGUCUGCACAGCUAGUGACUGUGAUCAGAAAUUCAACACAAAAUCGAACUUGAAGAAACAUUUUGAACGCAAACAUGAAAAUCAGCAAAAGCAGUAUGUAUGCGGCUUUGAGGGCUGUCAGAAGGCCUUCAGGAAACACCAGCAGCUGAAGACGCAUCAGAGCCAGCACACCAAUGAGCCACCCUUCAAGUGUGCCCAGGAGGGAUGUGGGAAACACUUCGCCUCCCCUAGCAGGCUGAAGCGGCAUGCCAAGGUCCACGAGGGUUACACAUGUCAAAAGGGAUGUUCCUUUGUGGCCAAAACAUGGACAGAGCUCCUGAAACACACAAGAGAAGCCCAUAAAGAGGUAACAACCUGUGAAGUAUGCCAGAGAACGUUUAAGCGCAAAGAUUACCUUAAGCAACACAUGAAGACUCACGCCCCAGCGAGGGACGUAUGUCGCUGUCCACGGGAAGGCUGUGGGCGGACCUACACCACUGUGUUUAAUCUGCAGAGCCACAUCCUCUCCUUCCAUGAAGAAAUGCGCCCAUUUGUGUGUGAGCACGCGGGCUGUGGCAAAACGUUCGCCAUGAAACAAAGUCUCACACGGCAUGCUGUUGUGCACGACCCUGACAAGAUAAAGCUCAAAGUAAAACGAUCUCGUGAGAAACGGAGCCUCGCCUCCCAUCUCAGUGGCUAUAUCCCCCCUAAAAGGAAACAAGAGCGAGAGUUGCCUAAAAACGGAGAGUCACUGGACUGUGUUGAAGACAGGGUGCUCUCAACAGUUGCUGUGCUUACCCUCACCUGAAUGGCACCCUGCGUUGUUUAAAGGACCACGGACUAGUGAGCUUAUUUUCACACCAAGCAUAUUUUCUUUAUUAGUCACUGAUGUGGAUCAUUUGAUUCCCUGUCACUUCUACUUUCUUUGUGCAAAGUGUCUCUUUUCUGGGUCCCUUGAGAUUCUUUAUAUGUAUUCUCUUCCUUUUUGCUCAAAUGACGAAGAACACACAUUACAGCUUUUCCUCCUUUAACAGCUUGUGGCUUGGAUUUGAAGGUGGCUAUUCCAGGCAUUGUCUGGAGUAUUUGAUUAAAUAGCUCCUCCUAAAAAGGGAAAACAGCCAAAGAUGAAUUUAAAGUCACUGUCCUAGGAGUGGGCAUUUAGCCUGGCAAAUAAGGCGCUUGUAUUCCAUAUCACAGUGCCAAGAUGUGGAUCCCAGCCCUGCCCCCAUCCAGCUCCCUACUAAUGCAGGAAGGCCUGGGAGGCAGCAUUGAUGGCUCAAGUGGUUGAGUUCCUGUCACCUUCUUGGGAGCCCUGGACUGCAUUCCUGGCCCAGCCUUGGCCGUUGCAGGCAUCUGGGGAGUGAACCAGAGGAUAGGAGCAUGCACACUUCCCCUCUCUCUACAGUUUUGUCUCUCAAAUAAGCAAAAGUAAAAAAUAAAGCCAGUGUCUUUGAUGCUUUCUAAUGUUCAUACUCCAGUACUUAUAAAAAAUCUGCCUUCUUCCUGUCAGAGAUGCUACCUGCCUUUACCUGGCCAGCUCUCCUCCCAGGCCAGCUAGGUAAUGGAAGUAAACAGGGUGCCUUCCCCAAGGAGGCUCAUACCUCCCUUAGGACGUACCCCAUGUGAAGAGAUAGAUAGGUUGGGCCUCAUAACUGACAAGGCCUUAAAGCCCACCAGAUUAUUACUUCUGUCAGUUUAUUUUUUUUUUAAGUUGUAUUUAUAUAUUUGAAAGUCAGAGUUACACAGAGAGAGGAGAGGUGGAAAGAGAGACAUCGUCCAUCUGCUUGCUCAUUCCCCAAUUGGCCAUAAUGGCCGGAGCUGCGCUGAUCUGAAGCCAGGAGCCAGGAACUUCCUCCGGGUUUCCCAUGUGGGUACAGGGGCACAAGAACUUGGGCCAUCUUCUACUGCUUUCCCAGGCCAUAGCAGAGAGCUGGAUCAGAAGUGGAGCAGCCAGGACUUGAACCGGUGCCCAUAUGGGCUGCCAGCACUGCAGGGGGCAGCUUUACCCUCUACCUCACAGUGCCGGCCCCAACCCUUCUAUCAGUUUGUUUGCCUCUCAAUCGGAGAACUGAUUCGUGGUUUACACAGCACUUUUUUUAGGUCCUCUAAUAAUGGCUAGACCCUGUCUAGCCCACUUGGGGCCUCAUUCCUUUGUAAUCAUAGCCUCUACUUUUACAUCAAUGGCUCUACUCCCAACCUGUGUGUACUGAUGGUCCUCUCCCCCACUUAAUGUUUUGUGAUCAGAAUUUCUCCUCAAACCCCUCUACCUGCAAAAUAUGAAUGGCCUUUCUCCCAGUCUUGGUUGAGAUCAGCUUUAAACUACAUCCAUCAGUCUUCACAAGGGUCCAGAGGACCCCCCCCCCCCCCCAAUUUCCUCUCCUCUAUGAAAUCCUCUCAUUAUUUAGUUAAUACCACUAUUAGGACCGUUGGUUGCUGUUCUCACCCUUUUAUACCAGCGUGUGUUUAAGUGUUUACAGGAGGUGAUAAUGGAAUGAACCAAGGCCUUCACCAGCCAGUCAGUCAACCAAAUACUGCUACAGGGAUAUACUCAGUUCCCCACCCAGGAGACAGUGGCUUGAGACAUCACCCAAUGACAGCAGAGAGUACUUCAUCGCCCCAUAUCAGCAGGAAGUAGCUCUAAAGACAGAUCAUCGUCCCUCUGCCCUUCCUGGACUUCUGGAGCUAAUAUAAUCCCAUACACUCUUGCUUUAUAAAAAACAAAAGGAUGGAAUGUCAGUAAAAUGGCAGAGUAUUAACUGUGGCACAACCUACACCCCGGACACCAUCCUAGGCUCUAGCCCCUGCCACCAUGGCUGGAAGCCAGGUGACCCCAUGGCCUAACCACCGGUGUCUGCUCUACCCCCAUCCUAAUAGUAUUUGCUGCUCCUACUUCCUUAGCGCUCGCCCCCCCCCCCAAAGUUUUAAGAGGACCUGUUCCUGAACACAUAGCUCAUUCUCUCGAUCUCUCUCUAAUUCUCUCUUUUGAUCUCUCUUUCAUGCUCUCCUUCUCCUCUUUUCCUUCUUUACCCCUUGCCUCCGGUCUGUCGAGUUUCCCCCAAUAAACCCUUGUCCUUAAAAAAAAACUGCCUUUAAUUGCUGCCACUUAAGUGACUAAUUAACUCAUACAUAUCUGGUUGAUUGGACUCUGUACAGCAGCUCCAUGUAACUAAUACACAGAAGGCUCUGAGGUCCUAAAUCUCCACUGUCACAGCAGAAAGGGGCUAUCUUUGGCCCUAGAAUGCUCUUGCAAAAACAAGCACAAAGUCCCAAAGCUGAGCCUUGACAAAGUAUCUCCUUAUUCCCUGAAACUGUCAGCUAGUGUACCUCUCAAAAUACUUGCAACACUAACACAGAAUCACAUGGGGUGAUUAAGAAAAGAGACCUGUGCUCCAAAAAUUCUGGGCCUGUGCUGAAGUGAUUCUAACAUAGAUUACGGUUCAAAACCACUGGACUAAUGCUACCUUUAGUGAGUGAUAAGUUGCCCAAUUAAAAGCAAAGUAGGUGUUCCAUGGACAUCCUGGGAUUACAAACCCAUAGAUGCUCUCUGGAAGACAGUCUCUGAAAUGCCCAUAAGACUUAGAAGAGACACGAUGUGUCCAGUUUCCAGUUUUCCAUGUGAGGGUUGGCUACUCUUCAGUUUGUAUAUCAGAGCACUAUAUAAUUGUUAAAUUACAGACUAGAGAAUGUUUCCAUUUGAGAAAUGUAUGCACAAUGUGCCUGCAUUUUGAAAAACACAUUGGUAAGCUAUUACCAUUACUAAAUGGCAGAACUUCCAGUCACUGUUUUGGUUUUAAGUUUUCCCAGGAAACACAAGCAACUGGCAUACCUGUUUCCACUUACCGUUUUGUUUUCUGGCUCAUCUGCAUUUUUCCCCUUCUUUAUAGUAAUUUGAACUUGGUAUUUUUUCUCAAUCCACUGCUGAAUCUGUUUAUUCUUUGUGUCCAAAUCAUGUUGUCCAAUAUUUGAAGAGAAAGUCAGCUCUUUUGUCAGGAUUGGUCCUAGUUUGAAACAGAGAUUUGAUGCUGGGACCAUUUUCUAGUUUCCAGUGAAAUCAACUCUUCUUCCGGCAAACCCCAUGCUGUGUCCAUCUCCUAAGAUCUCAGGUUUGCUGCAGGGCUCUCCCUAGCCUCAGCUGACUUUCAGUUUCAAAUAAAGGCUUUCUUAAACUGAGGAGACAGACAUAAAGGCACCAUUUUUUUUUUUAACCUACCAAGUAAAGGUAUUGAAAGGUUUUUUGUUUGUUUGUUUUGUGGUUUUUUUUUUUUUUUUUGGACAGAGUGGACAGAGAGAAAGGUCUUCCUUUUCCAUUGGUUCACCCCUCAAUGGCCACUGCGGCCAGUGCACUGCGCUGAUCCAAAGCCAGGAGCCAGGUGCUUCUCCUGGUCUCCCAUGUGGGUGCAGGGCCCAAGCACUUGGGCCAUCCUCCACUGCACUCUCAGGCCACAGUUAGAGCUGGACUGGAAGAGGAGCAACCGGGACAGAAUCUGGCGCCCCAACCAGGACUAGAACCCAGGGCGCCAGCACCGCAGGCAGAGGAUUAGCCAAGUGAGCCAUGGCGCCGGCCGCCCCCCCUCCCCCUUUUUUUUUAAGAUUUAUUUAUUUAUUUGAAAGAGUUACACAGAGAGAGGAGAGGCAGAGAGAGAGGUAGAAAGUUUUUGAUUAGUUUUUUGCAUUAUACUUGAAUCAGGAAGAAAAGCCACCUCAGAAAAAGUAAAGCAACAUAAAUAGGUAACUUGGAAGAAAAACUUCAAAUAGUGAAAAGGAAAUAAAACAGCUAUUAUUUCUCAUCCACUGGCAUGACAAAAAUUUAGAAUCUGACAGUACCAAGUACAGGUAAGGAUGUAGAGCAAGGAAUUUCACAGGCUGUUGCUGAUAGCAGUUUGAACCUGAUAGGUUAGAGUUACAGAGGCUAAAGUAUGUACAAAAUGUCCAUAAUAUUGAGAAACAGUGUCCAUGGAGAUGGAGUAACAAAUCUGAAUCUCAUGAUGAAAUGCAAUAUGGUAAUUAUAACACCGAUGGAUCUUGAAAAUAACAGUAUGCCAUUUGUAUUGUUUCACAUAUAUACAUCUAUGUGCCAUUUAUGAAUAUACUUGUAUAUAGCUGAGUUUAAUGAUGGACUGGAUUUACACCCUUAACCCCAUGAGAGUGAGCAAGUACACCCUUGGGGUGAGGGAGGUGGGGACCAUAACUUUUCUGUAAUGUUU